AUGGUACAAAUAUCAAAGUCGGUUGAUAAGAAACAACCUACAAAGAAACCUGAAGCUGAAAUGGUAUCAAAAUCAAAAUUGAUUGAUAAGAAGGAACCUACAAAGGAACAACGGGACAAAAAAAAGGAACCCGAAGCUGAAAUGAUACCAAAAUCUAAGUCGGUUGAUACAAAAGAACCUGGAAAUGAACAGGUCGAAAAGAAGGAACCUGACUCUGAAAUGAUACUAAAAUCAAAAUCGGUUGAUAAGAAGGAACUUACAAAGGAACAAUCUAUAAAAAAGAAGGAACCUGAAGCUAUGGUUCCAAAACCAAAGUUGGUUGAUAAUGAUGAACCUGCAAAGGAACAACUGAUCGAAAAGAAGGAAUUGGUUCCAAAAUCAAAGUCGGUUGAUAAGAAGGAACCUACAAAGGAACAACGGGUUGAAAAGAAAGAACUUGCAAAGGAAACACGGUCGGUUGAAAAGAAGGAACUUGCAAAGGAACAACAGGUGGAAACGAAGGAACCUGAAGCUGAAAUGGUACCAAAAUCAAAGUUGGUUGAUAAGAAGGAACCUGCAAAGGAACAACGGGAACUUGUAAAGGAACAACGGUCGGUUGAAAAGAAGGAACUUGCAAAUGAACAAUGGGUGGAAAAGAAGGAACCUGCAAAAGAACAACGGGUCAAAAAGAAGAAACCUGAAGCUGAAAUGGAACCUGAAGUGGAAGCUGAAAAGGUACCAAAACCAAAGUUGGUUGAAAAGAAACCUGAAGAGGUACCCAAGGUGCAGACUAUUGAGGAAAAUAUCAAAGCAGUAAAGGGGUUGAUCAAUGGCAAGGUGAAGUAUAUGAAGAGGUUAUUGAGAAAGAAAGUAUUUUACAGAGAGAACCAGAAGAAUCCGAGUCCAAUAAAGAGGAAGGAAUCGAAGAGAAUAUUGAAAAAGAAGCAGCAGAGGAAGUGGAGAAUGUAA